UGUGCCUCUGUCCUGUGCCACAAACAUGAAGCUCUUAUUCCCUCUCAUGGCCAUUGUACUGGAGGCUUUCAUGAUUGUUUUAUUUGGAUACUUUGUCAAGUAUGAAACGGAGCAGAACACUAUCCAACAGCUCAACAGCACCAACACAACAAAAGUGGACAGAUCCCUUGAGUUAUAUCCUCUAUUCCAAGAUGUGCAUGUAAUGAUAUUUGUUGGGUUUGGCUUCCUUAUGACCUUCCUGAAAAAAUAUGGCUUCAGUAGUGUGGGCAUCAAUCUACUCAUUGCUGCAUUGGGCCUCCAAUGGGGCACUUUUAUUCAGGGGAUCAUUCACCACCAUGGACAGACAAUUUACAUUGGAAUCAAAAACAUGAUAAAUGCAGACUUCAGUACAGCCACAGUCCUGAUUUCUUUUGGAGCUGUCCUGGGAAAAAUAAGUCCAGCCCAAAUGCUGAUCAUGACAAUAAUAGAAAUCACUGUCUUUGCUGGCAAUGAAUAUGUGGUUGGUGAGGUAUUUAAGGCCUCUGACAUCGGAGCAUCAAUGACAAUCCAUGCUUUUGGGGCCUACUUUGGCUUGGCAGUAGCAGGUGUCCUAUAUCGGCCAGGCUUGAGAUGGGGGCAUGAGAAGGAGGAGUCUGUGUACCACUCAGAUUUGUUUGCAAUGAUUGGGACUCUUUUCCUGUGGAUGUUCUGGCCCAGCUUUAAUUCAGCCAUUGCUGAAACUACAGAGCAACAGUACACAGCCAUCGUAAAUACGUACUUCUCCCUUGCUGCCUGCGUGCUCACAGCCUAUGCAUUUUCCAGCUUCGUGGGGAAGAGAGGCAAGCUCGAUAUGGUUCACAUUCAGAAUGCAACCCUGGCUGGAGGAGUUGCUGUGGGGACCUGUGCGGACAUGGAGAUUCAGCCGUAUGGUGCUAUGAUCAUUGGGGGCAUUGCGGGAAUUGUCUCUGUGCUUGGGUUCAAGUUCCUGACUCCAUGUCUUACUGAAAAACUGAGAAUCCAUGAUACAUGUGGUGUUCAUAACCUGCAUGGCUUACCUGGUGUGAUAGGAGGCCUCGCAAGCAUUGUGGCGAUAGCCUUGGGAGCAUCUAAGGGGUCUAGCAUGGUCAUGCAGGCAGCUGCCCUAGGUUCUUCGAUUGGAACAGCGAUUGUUGGAGGGCUGAUCACAGGUUUGAUUCUCAGGUUCAUUGUCCGUGUACAGCCAACUACAGAAUUCUUCUUUGAUGACUCUGUUUAUUGGGAGGUCCCCAUGGGGAAAGAAGUUGACGAUGAAUGAACAUGAUGGCCACAACCAGCCGGAACCUAAAGACUAAAUAUCAUUCCUGUGCUUCAGCUUCCUUUCCCAUUAUCUAGAAUCAUGUUUAAAAUUUUUAAAGGGCAGCAUCCAACAAAAACAUGGAACAGAAUGGAUAGGUCCUGAGCCCCAAAUGUCCAGUGUGAAAAAUCUUAACACAAUCUGAUGCUGUUUCUUGACACUCAAUGAUUGCUUAAUUGAAGGAAUGUGACUUGUAAAAUAGAGGAUCAAAUGGAUUCUCUUUAGGACUCCCAGACUACUCUUGCCAGUGGGUAGGUACAGGGUGAACAUUCCAUGUUUCUUCUUGUAUUUUUUUUUUUCCCAUAGAGGUAAAUUUACAAAGAAAUCAACACAUCUGAUUAUGUCAGUUUCUUAAUAUACAUACUAUGUCUUCAAUCCCAAAGGUAUAAAACUAGAGCCAAUAAAACAAUAUGUAAGAAAUCUAUAUAAGAAAUAUGAAAGAAAUGUAUUGCAUAGAGCAAGAACAUGAUUGUUUUUGGUGGUGCUUUUUUGAUUUAAAAAUAGUCUAGUUAGUAAUGCUAUGUCUUCACUUGAAUAUUUUUAUGCUUAAUUCUUUUUGCAUGUUUACUAUUUGCAACAAGAGUCAAAUGCUAU